GCGAAAGGGUGUGCGUUUUGUGUGCAUAUGUAUGAAGCCACUACAGAGAGGAGCUGUCGCCACUUGUCUUGACAACCCGGGACAAGCCUCUGAAACCAGUGGUCAGCAAGCCCCAAGUCUUUCACCAUCCUCCCUCUGACCUGAAAGCCAUACCAAGGUCUUGUCCUCCUAGGAUCACGAUGGAGAUGCCGCAUGCGGGGACAUUAAUAUCAAAAAGUUGAAUUACAUUGGGCACACGGCAAAAUGCUAUGUGACAGCUGUGUGGCUUCUCUUCAAGGUCAGUAUCUGGGCAUCUCCGCCUCACGGACGAGUUUCUCGGGCAGUCAGAGGGAAGAAGAAGCGUGUUGGGGAUGCCGCUGUGUCUAGCUUGCCUCCAGCAUCAACAAUGACAUUUUGACCGAAGAGGACAUUGAUAGUCACUGACAUAGAAACCGACAAACUUGUGAAACACCGCUGGAAAAAAAGGGGGGAAAACGAAUAGGAUAGGUUUGCGUUUUACAGUAUGGUCUGUGCUGUUGUAAAAAGAAACUCGUAAGAGCAUCUUGGCAUUUCCUGCUUUCUUCAAACGGCCUGUGUCGGCGCGUCUGUCUACCUGGCAGCAAGCAACAACGCAGAAGUCAAGCUAGCCAACGUUACCGGACAGAAUGGGUCUCUGGUUCUGUUUAAGCUAGUCGAACCGACCGUUAAAGUCAGUUUGAAUGUUCGACGGUUGAAUAGUUGAUUUAAAUUGACUGUCGUAAUGUUACGUAGUUGAAACCAACUCAGCUGUAACGUUACCCAACUUCCUUGAACUUGCUUGCUUUUCAGUCGUACUUGCACGAUCGCAUUUCUUUUCAUAUUACAUUACGCCAACAUCAUAUUCAGCAUCAUGCCUUUGGGGGCGGGUUCACACAGCCCGGCUGGUAUCGGUAAGACUUUACAGGAGCGGGGACUGCUCCUGCUGAUGGUUUUGGUGUUUCUGGAGGGCUCCGUUCUUCCUCUCGGAGCUUCCAGCUCUCCGGAUAUCAGCCACCAGGAACAUUUGGACAAACACAAAGUGGCAGACAAAGGGCAUAACUUCACUAAAAAACCUUUCCCUGUGCUCAGCCUCGACUACCCCCACAUACAGGUCCCUUUUGAAAUCUCAUUAUGGGUGCUGCUUGCGUCUUUAAUGAAAUUAGGCUUCCACCUGAUUCCUCGUCUGUCCAGUAUUGUGCCAGAGAGCUGCCUGUUGAUUGUGGUGGGUCUUCUGGUGGGGGGGCUCAUCAAACUAGCCGGAGAAGAUCUCCCCCCAGUGCUGGAUUCCAGAUUGUUCUUCCUCUGCCUGCUGCCACCCAUCAUCCUAGAUGCUGGCUACUUCCUGCCCAUCCGUCCCUUCAUGGAGAACCUGGGCACCAUCCUGAUGUUUGCUGUUGUGGGGACCUUGUGGAAUGCCUUCUUCAUCGGGGGCCUUCUGUAUGCUGUGUGUCAGAUCCAGCCAAACAAUCCAUCCAGUCUCCAUACGAUAGAGCUCCUGCCUUGCCUGUUGUUUGCCUCCAUCAUCUCAGCUGUGGAUCCCGUUGCUGUGCUAGCGGUGUUUGAGGAGAUCCACAUCAAUGAACUGUUGCACAUCUUGGUGUUUGGCGAAUCUCUGCUCAAUGAUGCUGUCACUGUGGUGUUAUACCACCUGUUUGAGGAGUAUGCAGGUGUUGGCACAGUGACUGUGAUGGAUGCGGUCCUGGGAGUCAUCUCCUUCCUGGUGGUUGCACUGGGUGGCGUUUUAGUAGGAGCUAUCUAUGGGAUCCUGGCCGCCUUCACCUCACGCUUCACAUCCCACACACGUGUCAUCGAGCCACUUUUUGUCUUUGUGUACAGCUACAUGGCCUACCUGUCAGCUGAGAUGUUCCAUCUCUCUGGAAUCAUGGCGUUGAUAGCGUGUGGUGCGGUGAUGCGACCUUAUGUGGAGGCCAACAUUUCCCACAAGUCUCACACCACCAUCAAGUACUUCCUGAAAAUGUGGAGCAGCGUCAGUGAGACACUAAUCUUCAUCUUUCUGGGUGUGGCCACGGUGGAUGGACCUCACUCCUGGAACUGGACCUUCGUCACAGUCACUGUCAUUCUGUGUCUGGUGGCACGAGUCAUAGGUGUGGUUGGUCUGACCUUCGUGAUCAACAAGUUCCGCAUCGUCAAGCUGACCACCAAGGACCAGUUCAUCGUGGCUUACGGUGGCCUGCGAGGUGCCAUUGCCUUCUCCCUUGGCUUCCUGCUGAACAAGGAUCACUUUCCCAUGAGAGAGAUGUUCCUUACUGCCAUCAUCACUGUUAUCUUCUUCACUGUCUUUGUUCAGGGCAUGACCAUCAAACCCCUGGUGGAGCUGCUGGCGGUGAAGAAGAAACAGGAAGCGAAACGCUCGAUUAAUGAGGAAAUCCACACCCAGUUCCUCGACCACCUGCUGACUGGAAUUGAGGACAUUUGUGGACAUUAUGGACACCACCACUGGAAGGACAAACUGAACCGCUUCAACAAGAAGUAUGUGAAGAAGUGCUUGAUUGCAGGCGAACGCUCCAAGGAGCCGCAGCUCAUUGCCUUCUACCACAAGAUGGAGAUGAAACAGGCCAUUGAGCUGGUGGAAAGUGGAGGGGGAGUCAAGCUGCCUUCUGCUGUGCCUUCCACCGUUUCCAUGCAGAACAUUCAACCCAAGAAGCUUCUUAUUGACAAGCCUGCAGAGAGAUCUCUGUCCCAGCUGCCUAAAGGCCGAGAGGAGGAGAUCAGGAAGAUCCUCAGGAGCAACCUACAGAAGACACGAAUGAGGCUGCGCUCCUACAACAGACACACUCUGGUGGCUGAUCCAUAUGAGGAUGGAUUCGGUGACUUCCUUAUCAAGAAGCAAAAGAUGAUUGAGCUAGAGCGGAAGAUAAAAAACAUGAAUAACUAUCUGACAGUUCCUGCUGCUCCUCAUGACUCCCCUACCAUGUGUAGAGCCAGACUGGCCUCAGACCCCCAAGCUUACAGCACGAAGGCAGCAUCAGAUAGAGUGCCGACCAUCAAGGUAGACCUGGCUUCUCCUCAGUCGCCAGACUCAGUCAACCUGAUGGAUGAAUUCAGGCAGCAGCAGGAGGAAGACCAGGGCCUGACGAUGAAGCCUCCCUCGGGGCCAAGUGGACCUAACAAGCCAGGCGAGGCGGACGAACCCAGAGAACAGCAGAAGCUUAUGAGGUGCCUGAGUGACCCCGGUCCUAGCGCAGACGAGGAGGAGGAUGAACCCUUCCUGCCUUGAUGUGGCAGACUGGCUGCGGAGGGGUCAGAUUGCAUGUCCACCAUCACUGGUUAGAUGGGAGAGGGCUGUUUCACUGCUCUGCCCUAAAUAAUCUCUUUGGUUCAGAAAUCAAAAAAGCCAAAACUGCUAUUGCUGUACAAAUGAGAAAGAGAAAGCAAAAGUAGUUUGAGAAGUGGGGAAAAGAGCCAUUUUUUUGUUCUUGUCAUUGCUCUUUGUUUUUUGUAGACAGUAAUGAAACAGCAGUCACUGGUGGGGUUUGUGGUUGAUAGUCUGAUGCAUUCAGGAAAGAACUAUGCAUUACCAAAGGUUUGGACUGUUGUAGUGUCCGACAAUGUAAUUUUUACAUUAGUGUCAGACUUUUUGUCUCAUUUCCUUUUUCUUGUUCGUCUUUUCUUGUUUGUUCAUGGUUUAACAAAAUGUUCUUUCUUUCAAGUUACAUUCUUUGAGACAUGCUGGGCCUCAAGGACCUAAAUCUAAUCAACAAAGCAAACUACUUUAAUCCAGUUUGCAGCACUUGAGUGUAAGUGCUUGUUUUAUUCAAAUAUCUCACUGAAACUGUUCUUUCAUUGUGCUACUUGAAAUUGCUGGACAUUAAAACAUUUGGAGUGUAGCUAGUUUAAAAACAUUUGGCCUUAUUUUAUGUCAAACCUUUUCACAUGGUGCAUUUUUAUUUUUGUCUCUUAAAAACAUAAUCUGAUUUCAGGGGUACUAACAUUUGUUUGCAAUCAGUUUGUUCCAGUGUUUGUGGGAUGUAAGUUAAAAGCUGGAUGUAUUUCGUCACUGUGUAAAUGAGCAUACACAGUUCUUUGUAGUAGUGCUUACAGACCUGUGGCCUUGUCUGUUGGCUGUAGAGGGAGCUGCGUGGACUUGAAAAAUUCCUCAUUGUUGCAUAAAGAAGUUUUGACGUAUAUAUGUGGAGUAAAGUGUUUUGGAGGCUUGUAAGACAGACAAUGAUGCAUCACAGAUGUUUUGAUGUCAGUAAUUGAUUCUCUAUCCACAUGUUGUCAUGUCACGUGUCUGUGAAAAUGUUUUAUGUUUUACCUCAACUUUACAACACCCUUUAAAACUCACUCAAGUAGGGGUCAAGUAGAAAAUAUUACUCUUACUAUUGAUGUAAUGAACAAGUGCUCAUCUAACAGUCACCUUCACUGCUUUUUUCACUGCAGCGCUCACUUUCUUUUAUAUGCCUAUUUGCAUUCUUCAGUUGUUGUUUUUUUUUUAUUGGCCUUUACAAGAAGCUAUCAUGUCCUACAUCACUGUUCAGCUUAUUACAGGACACAGUAAGUAAAGGUUAGUUUGUAUAG